CUUGGAUUAGAUUUUGUUUUUGUUUUUGUAUUUUUGUUUAAAAAAGUUGGAAAGAAUGUUGCUUUACAAGCAGAAGAAGAACCAGGUUCCGAAGGGCAGCCGGCUCUUGAUCAGCGUCACCGUUCUCGGAAGUGCUGGACCGAUCCGUUUUGUUGUUAACGAGGAAGAGCUCGUCGGCGCCGUCAUUGAUACCGCCUUGAAAUCAUAUGCUCGUGAGGGUCGCCUUCCUGUUCUCGGAUCCAAUCUCAAUGAUUUCCUCCUUUAUUGCCCCACUGCUGGAUCAGAUGCACUGAGUCCAUGGGAGACGAUUGGAUCACAAGGUGCACGGAAUUUCAUGCUGUGCAAGAAGCCGGUGACUGAGAAAGUGGAAAACGAUGGAAAAUCAGCUGAGUCCAUUUCUAGGAAAUCGCCUGGGAAUUGGAAGGCUUGGUUUAAUAAAUCCCUCACUCUCAAGAUUUCAUCUCAUUAAAUUAAACCCAACUCGUAUGGUAGAAUGUUGGUUUUAUGUUCUUUACCUUGUUUUUCUCAUUUAACUGAGAAAAAAAAAUCUACUUUCCAGUGUUUUUGCAUUGCAAUAAAGAAUGAACAUUUACAGUGUUC